GGGUAGCGAAAUUUCAAAAAGGAGUGAAAGACUGAAUAAUACCAUAAAACAGGUUAAUAACAAGUCACGAAAAUGAGUGAUGAUUCGGCGUGAGUUGAUUUAAUGUGUCCUCAGCCUAAUCUCAGCCGGAAGGCGGAUUAAUGUUUCCAGUCAUUUCCGCUUCAGCGAAUCAACAGGAAAUUUCGUAAAAGUGAUGUCGUGAUGUUGACGCUUGUUACCGUUUGCUCUGCAGCGUCUCUCAUCUCUGUCGUAUCGAUAUGGCUGUUUCAACAUGUCAGAAGAUCACCUUCAUCUCCUGCAUCGUCCUCUGCAUGUCUUUAUUCCUACCUAAAUUAUUUUCACCCAGAGUGAAGAAAGAAACAGUGCAGUCGGAGGUUGGACCAGGACAUUUUCCUCCCCCACGACACAGACAUUCAUUCUCCGAAGAUCAUGAUCGCUGGGACACAGACUCUCAUUACAUCAAGCAUUACAACCCUGAGGCUAUUGCCAGAGCCAAAGGUGUUGGCAAGCCAAAUCUCCUGGGCCAGGUCAUACCCGUCUAUGGCUUUGGGAUCUUCCUUUAUAUCAUUUACUUAUUCUUUAAACUGACCUCUAAGGACAAACCUCAUCGACAAGGGUGCAGAUUCCCCACACUGCAGUCAGAAUACACAUUUGAAGACAUGCCUACCUGUCAGCUGGUCCAGAUGCAGGCCAGAAUGAGUGAAAAAGCAAAAGAAAAGAGAAUAUCUAAAGUUGUCCACCCAUCUGCCAGGUCACGCAGGGGCACACGGAGGCGUGAGGAGAAAAAGCUCAAACAGCUGAAGGAGAUCACCCAAAUGAUGCGGGAGAGACAGUUGAGAGAGGGAGCCUCGCCGGAGGAGGAGGCCGAGGAAGCCCCUUACACUGUAGAUUGGGAAGGCUAUCCGGAGGAGACCUACCCAGAGUUUGACAUGUCCUCCCGCAGACGCAGAUUUCCUAGCGUUAUACUUGAAGAACCAGAUCAAGUCAUACCCACGGCAGAAGAGCUUGCUGAGAGAAUGGAGAAGGAAGAAGAAGAGGAUGACGAGCCUGACGAUACGUGUACUGAUGAGGAGGUGAAAGCGGAGAACGACGAGGGAGGAAAAGAAGAGGAUGACAAUGAUGAAGAGGAAUGUGAAGAGGAAGAAGACGAGGAAGAGGAGGACGACGAGGAAGAUGAGGAUGAGAUUGGGGAAGACCAGCCAUGCCUUCCUAAAAGUAUUGAUGAGGAGGAUGAGAAACUUGAGUAUCCAGGUGAAAAAGAAGAGGAACCGAAACAGAGCAGGAAAAGACGACAAAUCACUUUCAGCGAUCACAGACACGUCUUUCAUUAUCCAAAGGGUGGAGCUGUUGGCUGCAAGUAUGAGGAAGAGGAGGAAGAAGAACAUGAUAGAGAAGAAGAAGAGGAGGAGGAGGAGGAUGAUGAUGAAGGGAAUGAAGAGGAAGAAUAUGGUGAGGAUGAAGAGGAGGAAGAUGAACGUAAUGAAGAUGGGCAGGGUGAGACGGAGAAGGAGGAGGAGGAUCCGCUAAUGGAGGCUGAGAGCCUGGGGUUCAAUGAUGAAGUGGAAUGUGAUCCUGAGGAACAGGAAGUAGACCUCAUUGACUUCCUACAGACAUAUCAACCUGAGGUAACCGUCAUCUCAAACAAGUCAGAGUCUCCCAAAGCUCAAAUGUCUGGGACUCUUAGAAUGCGUCACAAGAAACAAAAGGUGAAGAAGUGACCAAAAAAACCCCAUUAGUUUUCUGUUCCAGUACCCUGUAGUUCAAACAUACCUUACUGUGAAUCUUUCUUGCUUUACUUCAGGAAACAGUUUCUCUGUAACAAUUUCAACUUUUCUGAGAUUACAUUAAUCUGCUUUCAAGAACAG